AGAAAGUGGACUUUGUUCCUAAUUCUCCCCAUUCCAAAGCAGCUCACAUUAGGACCAAACCUUAACACUUGUGACCCCACCGACCAACAGUUCAUCUGUUGAGGUUCUGAGCUGAGAAGAGGCAGCGCUGCGACCACUGACCCUGACAACAACCAUGAAGUGGGUCUGGGUGUUCCUGGGGGUCCUCCUCUCUUUGGGGACCCUGUCCUGGGGGGAGAAGGGCUUGGAGAUCCCAGAGUAUGAUGGUAAAGACCGCGUCCAUGACCUCAACGCCAAGAACUACAAGUCCAUCAUGAAGAAGUAUGAUGUGAUGGUCAUCUACUACCACAAAAACGUGGACGGCAACCGCAACGCCUUGAAGCAGUUUCAAGUUGAGGAGCUGGCCUUGGAGCUUGCGGCUCAGGUCCUGGAUGAUCUUGACGAUGAGGACAUCGGAUUCGGACUGGUGGAUGCGAAAAAAGACAUGGCUGUUGCUAAGAAGCUGGGUCUGGAUGAGGUGGAGAGUAUCUACAUCUUUGCCGAUAAUGAAAUCAUUGAGUAUGAUGGAGAACUGGCCGCUGACACCCUGGUUGAGUUCCUUUAUGAUGUGAUUGAGGAGCCCGUUGAAAUCAUUGACAAUGAGCGUGAGCUGAAGGGUUUCCAUAACAUCGAUGAAGUUAUCAAGCUGGUCGGCUACUUCAAGAGCGAGAAAUCCCCUCACUACAUUGAGUAUGAUGACGCAGCUGAGGAGUUCCACCCCUUCAUCAAAUUCUAUGCCACAUUUGAUCCCAAGAUUGCCAAGAAGCUGAAGCUGAAGGUGAAUGAAGUGGACUUCUAUGAGCCUUUCAUGGAGGAACCUGUCACCAUCCCAGGAAAACCUUACACCGAGGCUGAGCUCGUCGACUACAUUGAGGAGCACGACAGGCCUACCUUGAGGAAGCUUCAGCCUCAUAGCAUGUAUGAGAUCUGGGAGGAUGACAUUGAUGGAGAACACAUUGUUGCCUUUGCUGAGGAGGAUGACCCUGAUGGUUUUGAGUUCCUGGAGAUCUUGAAGGAAGUGGCCCGUGAAAACACAGAGGACCCUAAUCUCAGCAUCAUCUGGAUCGACCCUGACAAUUUCCCUCUGCUGGUGCCCUACUGGGAGAAGACCUUCCACAUUGAUCUCUCCUCUCCUCAGAUUGGUGUCGUUGAUGUAGAAGAUGCCGACAGCGUGUGGAUGGAAAUGGAUGACCAAGAUGACAUGCCCACAGCUGAUGAGUUAGAGCAAUGGAUCGAAGACGUCCUUUCUGGAAAGAUUGAUCCAGAUGACGAUGAUGAAGAGGAGGAGGAUGGUGACGACGAUGAUGAGGAUGACGACGAUGAUGACGAUGAUGACGAUGACGAUGAUGAUGACGACGACGACGAUGAUGACGACGAUGAUGAAGACGAUGAUGAUGAUGAUGAUGAUGACGACGAGGAUGAUGAUGACGAUGAAUAAAUGUUCACUUCCACCUUUGGGUUUUACUUUGCUUUAGCCAUUGAUGGCACAAAGUAACUGUAGCACCAAUUUUCUUAUUGAUAACAUCUUGUAGCAAACACACUUGGUGUCACUUCCUGUUUGCAUCCUGUAGGGUUUCCUUCGAUGGGCAAAUAACAAGGUCAAAUGGGAAGCUUUUAUUUUCAGUCAGGGUUGGAGAUUUUCAGAGAAACAAAGUGGAUUUGUGUCUCGGGAUAAAAUGAGCUGUAGUUCAAACUGUAAAUGUGUCAUGAGUCUUUUGUUACUAUAAAGAUGCGUAUCUUACACCUCUUGGGUCAACUGUGAAUAUGAGCAAAGAGGAUGACGGCGUGAAGUGUUCCUCAUUUUGUUUACCUACAGCAGCAUAACACAGACCGGGUCAACCGACUCUACCCUUUAAUACAGUGUAUUUCUGUUUCAACUAUGUGUUUUCUACUGGGUGAAAAGAAGAAACAAACCCUUUAUUGUACGAUUUUCAAAGAGAAUAACACUCUCCUCACUUGAUAGUCUUAAGAUGGUUAAAAUCUUAAAAAGUGAUUAAAAUCCUCCACACAAAUCUUUGAAUAAUUUGACUGCUUCUGGUCUGUAUUCUUUGGCUAUGAAUAAGACAAGAAAUAUUUUAAAAUAAAUGAUGUUUUCAUUGUC